UCGGCAGAUACCAUCAGCCUCGUCAUCUACCCCAAAACAUCUACAAUAUCGACACCGACUUCAACAUACCAUUCUCUAUAGUACCACUUACGAGAGUUCUAGUUGCUUACGUAUCACCCCCUCUUUCUGUUGUAAAAGAGGGGUCCCAUUUAGGUCAUUCAAUCUGACACGGUAGUUUAAAGAAUUCCAUGCCCUGAUCCAACCAUGGAUCUCGCAUACGAUCACAUAGCCGAAGAAGCUCUCCCUAAGGACGGAAAUGAGGAUCGCGACGGAACCCAAAAUGGCGAAUCGUCCCAAAAGAAACCCGAACAUACUCUGAACGAAGAUCUUCAGGAGGCAUAUCGUGCAUUUUCUAGCAGUACUUGGGGUACAUGGCUCGGCGGAACUGUUGGUAACGUGAUCAAGCAGGGCGAGUCUGUAUACAGGGAGGCACAUCAAGAAGUUACCUUACUCGGCGCGGAUGCUACCAGGGGUCUUGCAAAUCUCCGUGCAAGAGCUCUCUCGUUGACUACAUCACCGCCUGUCAUUCCAGAACAGACAUCGCAGUCAUCCAGUGAUAAGGAGAAAGAUCCCGAGACUACCCCGACGACAGCGAGAGCUACCGGUCCCGACGAUCCGGCAAAAGAAUCCGAAACGGUUAUAUCACGGUUGAAGGCAGAGGCUGCGAAGCGCUUGAAGGAUAUCCAACGUGCGGAGGAUGCUGCCGAUGAGGCGCUUCUAAAGUUCGGCGGAAAUGUCCGAAAUUUCUUCCGUGAUGCUAUUAUCGUCAAGCCUGCUUCCGAGUCCGGUGACUCUCAGUCAACCGCCCGUCGCUUCGAAAGCAAGGAUGAAUCUGGAAAACGAGUAAUUCAUACUUCGAGAUACGAUGCACAGCUUCAUGUCAUUCACACGACCGAGAAGAGCUUUACCGAAGAUUCUGCUACUACCGAAUAUGCUGCAUGGGCAAAGACCUUCGAUGCGGAGAAGAAGACAGAGAAUAUCAGUGCCGACCUUGCGAAAUAUCCCGAACUACGAGCGAACAUGGAGAAGCUUGUCCCUGACAAAGUUCCUUAUGCCGACUUCUGGAAGCGAUACUAUUUCCUCAGACACAGUAUAGAGACAGCUGAAGCACGUCGCCGAGAUCUACUGAAGGCUGCAUCUGCCGAAGAAGAGAUCGGGUGGGGCGAGGAGUCGGAAAGCGAGGAAUCCGAGGAGGAAGAGGAUGAAGAAGAGUCGGAGGAGUCCGACGAAGAUACUGCUCCAGCUAAGCCGGUGGCAAAGCCAGCAAGACCAGCUUCGACCGAAUCUUCCACGACCAUUCACCCGCCUGCUCGUGCUGCCCCGGCCAAGGGACAUCUAAAGCCUGCAGAACCCCGAAAGUCUAACGACGAGAAGUCUCAACCCGACAGCGAUACCAGUUAUGACGUCGUUGGCGCGGCUUCCGGAAAUCCAAGCCAGGCCCCUAAUAGCCCAAUGGAAACUCGGAAAGCAGAGGACAGCGAUGACAGCGACGAUGAGGAAUGGGAGUAAUAGUGCUGUCUGAAGGUUGGCUUGUUGGCACUCUGCUGAUUUGAUUGAUAUGACUUUGGAGUUAUCGUUGGCGUCGGUUGGUUCUUUUCGGAUGGCUUCGAAUGCAUGAUAUUGUUCUCCCUGCUA